AUGGCACAAGUAGCUAGAGCAGCAGUAGCUCCAUCCAAUGCUACUUUCAGAGAUAAAGAUAAGCCGCAAGAAGUGCGUAGAGCUAAUAUAUUGGCAGCUCGAGCUGUAUCUGAUGCCAUUAGAACUUCCUUAGGUCCUAAAGGUAUGGAUAAAAUGAUCAGAACUAAGACUGGAGAAAUUAUAAUCUCCAAUGAUGGUGCUACUAUUUUACAACAUAUGGCGGUUUUACAUCCAGCUGCUAGAAUGUUGGUUGAUGUAAGUCACGCCCAAGAUGUUGAAGCUGGAGAUGGAACAACUUCUGUUGCCAUUUUGACUGGAGCAUUUUUGGGUGCUGCUGAAAGAUUAUUGAACAAGGGAAUCCAUCCUACUUUAAUUGCAGAAUCAUUCCAAAGAGCAGCUAAGAGAGCUACUGAAAUCUUAUUGGAUAUGUCAUAUAAAGUCAGGUUAGAUGAUAGAGAACAAUUAAUCAGAGCUGCUUCUACUUCCUUAAGUUCAAAGAUUGUUUCCCAACAUUCCGGUUUGUUAGCUCCAUUAUCAGUAGAUUCAGUUUUGAAAGUGAUGAAUGAACAAGAAACUAACGUCGAUUUAAAUGAUAUAAGAUUGAUCAAGAAGGUUGGUGGGACUAUUGAAGAUACCCAAUUAGUCAACGGUGUGGUUUUAACUCAAAAUGUUGUAAAGAAUGCGGGCGGUCCAAUUAGAAUAGAAAAGGCUAAGAUUGGUUUAAUUCAAUUUCAAUUGUCUCCUCCGAAACCAGAUAUGGAAAACAACGUGGUUGUUAACGAUUAUAGACAAAUGGAUAAGAUUUUGAAAGAAGAAAGAGCAUAUUUAUUAAACAUAUGUAAAAAGAUCAAAAAGGCAAAAUGUAAUGUAUUGUUAAUUCAAAAAUCAAUUCUUAGAGAUGCAGUUAAUGAAUUAGCCCUUCAUUUCCUUUCCAAGUUAAAUAUUAUGGUUAUAAAAGAUAUCGAAAGAGAUGAAGUUGAAUUCUUAUCUAAGGCUAUUGGAUGUAAACCAAUUGCCGAUAUUGAAAAUUUCUCUGAAGAUAGAUUAGGUUCUGCCGAUUUAAUUGAAGAAAUAGAAAGUUCCGGAUCAAAGAUUGUGGAAGUUACUGGUAUUACUUCAAAGAAUGUCAAACCUACUGUUUCUGUGAUUGUCAGAGGAGCCAAUAACUUAGUUUUAGAUGAAGCAGAAAGAUCAAUCCAUGAUGCUUUAUGUGUUAUUAGAUGUUUGGUUAAAGAAAGUGCUUUAAUUGCCGGUGGUGGUGCUCCAGAAAUCGAAGUGUCAAGAACAUUAAUGAAGGAAGCAAACAAGUUAUCAGGUGUCGAACAAUUUGUUUACCAAGAAUUUGCACAAGCUUUGGAAGUUAUUCCAACCACCUUAGCUGAAAAUGCUGGGUUGAAUCCAAUAAAUGUGGUUACUGAUUUGAGAAAUAGACAUGAAAACGGAGAAAAGGAUGCUGGUAUAUCAGUCAGAAGAUCUGGUGCCUCCAAUAUUUUCGAAGAACAUGUCUUACAACCAGUCUUAGUGAAUACUAGUGCAAUUACUUUAGCCUCUGAAUGUGUCAAGUCCAUUUUACGUAUUGACGAUAUUCAAUUCACUCGUUAA